AUGGCAGCCACCGACGCGUUCACAGGUCUACCCGAUCUUAUCCGUCAGCUCAAUGUAAGUAGCAAGAAGAUCAGAGAAGAUUCCGGCAACAGACACGAGCCUGAGGCAACACAGAUGCAGCUGGUCCGCUUGGAGGAGAUGCCUGUCGUCACGAAACCUCGUAAAGAGCAACGAUGUCGUAAGCCCACUAACACAGCGCAGUUCAGGAACGAACUCAUGCAGAGGACGCAAAAACAUGCUGGAGUCACCGAGCUGAGGAACCACUUCUACAAUGCGGUCCAGGACUAUUUUGCCGAGAUGGAUCUUCACUUUGGCCGCACCUGCCGUAUCAUCGUUCGCGCAUUCACUCACCUCACAGCUGUCUCUAGAGAUGCGAGCAACACUCUUCCGUUCUUCACUGUGUGUUACUCGUCUGCGGAUCCCUUCUUCGACUUUACCAUCGUGUUAAACAGCGAGACCGUUGGGGCUAAGAUCACUGUGACGUUCGUGGCGGCUACGAAGGACCAGAGUUGCAAGCACAUCUUUGCCACAGCCUGGCGACCGCCCGCUUAUAUCCGUAUGCUCAACACAGCUGAUGAGAAAACCACCAUCAUUGAGGGAUCUAGCAUGCAAUUAGAGUUUGACCAAGUUCCGCUACCUGUGCCUUUUACGGCGUUCCCACUUAUCUUCAAGAUUCAAAGGGCAACGACAUUGGCACCUUGCACCACUACUCGCGAUGCUGCAAUUCAUCUUGAGCCUUCAUCACCAGGCGGCGGUAUCGGCGACCAGGGCCGAGUCGAUGGCCUUCUGCCAAACUCCAAGAACGCCAUUACUGGACAUAUACCCAUCAACGUUCCACAGAGACUACCUACAGGGAAGCAGACAGCCGUGCCGCUGGCACCAUCUCGCGAACAAGUGUCGAAGGGGGACAAGUGCUUGUGCGACAAUACCGAACUGAACAAGGAAGCAACGAAGGUCCUUCGAUACUCGACGGAAUGGAAUCCUUGUGGCCCCAACUUCCGCAUCACUGACUGUAUAUACGGUCAUGUCUGCCAGAACUGGAAGUGUGUGGGUUCAGAGAACGCAAACUGUACGAUGAAGUGUUUCAUUAUGUCGAUCCUACAGUCGUCCAAUGGGUCGCGGCAGGGGUCAAGUACACACCCUUCUCGCAGGCGGUUGAGGAGCCGUGAACGUGUGGUCAAACAGAUGGAUGCUUUGGUGAGGAGCUUGAGACUGCAACACGCCGAUGCACUCUAUCUCUCGUCAGGCGUCACUCGUCAGCACAACAAUGUACUUCGCCCUAGUUCAAACUUACUUUGAUGGAACUGAAACUUAAUCCUCUUACAUCGCUUUCCUACUGCGGUCAAUGUAUGCUGAUCUCUAAGACCCGGGUUUCCUUCAUUCCCAACAAUCUUUCCCCACGAACCACAAAAACCUACACCUGCCCCAAAACUCAAUCCCUCGUAAACCGUAACCACAACAAGUACAUCCCCACAUGUACCACAUGAACCACAUGUCACUCUUGGUACCGGCGGCAGAAUUUCGCCUACCUACCCGCGCCAGAUCGCGCACCGCCAAACCUUCCUCAAGGCCACCGCCACGCGAGCAGACGCCGGCCCACCACCCCUAAGACAACUCCCACUAUCUGCAAGCAAUGAUUCAUCGUACCACAAGUACAUAAACGUGCGGCUCAAGCCGCUGCGAAUCC